AAACGUUUGCCUUCCUAUCUCUUCGAAAUCCAUUUUGCCAUUUAUUUCUGUCCCACUAAUCAGUCUAGAUUCGUGUUAUUUUUCGAUGAAUGUUGAUUGAUGUAUUUUGUUGUUGUAACAGUAGAAAAAAAUUCCCGUGGUGUGACAGUUUUCAUCUGAAUGUAAAUCUGGUUCGUUUCUAUAAAGUAAAACUAACAGUCUCUUCAGCUGCCAUGUUUUCACGAGGGUAAGAAGUUGACACCUCAGCACUUUCUUCCUCAUCUGUACUGAGAUUAUUAAUCAUGGAUAGGAGUCGGUUGAGGAAUUUUCUUAUUAGCACUUCUUCAUUAUUCUAUCUCCUUUGUAACUCCCCUUUUUUCUUCCAUUUAUUGUGUUUACUCUGUGCCUCAUUGGAGGGUUUCAUAUUCACCGGCUCUCAUGAACUUGCCCAUCUCUUUCGGUAGCAUCAAUUUAACCUAACCUAAGGUGAUGACCGCUGCAGCCGAAAGGGUUGGUGCGUGAUUACCGUUCGAGAGUGCAUAGGUUCGAAUCUUCGUGCUUGAAACAGCAAAAUAAUAGAAAAAGUUGCUUCUAAUAGCGUUCGCCACUCGGCAGGCAAUGGCACACCUCUGAGUGUAUUUAGCCAUGAAAAGGCUCGUCCUAAAAAACCAUCCGCUGUUCGAAGUUGGCUUGAAACUGUAGGUCCCUCCAUUUGUGGAAUAACAUCAAGACUCAUGCCACAAAUAGGUGGAGAAGCUCGGCCGAACAUCUAACAGAGGUGUACACGCCAAUUAUUUAUUUAUUUACCUAAUUUCGUUUUUAUUUGAAGUGGUUGCGAAGAAACACGCUCAAAUGUCAAACCAAUGGACUCAAAAAGAAAAGAUUUAUGGCAGAAUAAAAAUAAAGGUAUGUGCGAGAAAUAAGUAGAAGUUGAGAAACGAGCAAAUAGAAAGUUAACCAAAAACACACGCUUACCUAAAUUAUUUUUAUUUUAUACAGAACAGUUAUUUUAUUAACCAGUUUCGCUGUCGACAUACAUAUCUAGUUUGCCAACAAACGGUCAAAGACAAAAAAGAAAACCAAAAGUCAAGCAAUGCCGAUGAGUCAUGUCUGACUGAUCCGCCUCAUAACGAGCGUGUAAAUUGCGAUUCCUAAGGCAUCUGCAUGGUGUGUUCAGCUAUUCCUUUUCAACUGACAUUUGAGUCGCGCACGAGCGCAUUAUUUCAAAAAUUUUUAAUUUACCAUUUCAUAAGCGUACGCACAUAAAUCGUGCACAGGCACGUGUACGUCACAGUUGUGUGAAAUGUUAGAUGUUGAAUGGUUGACUUGGCGGUUGAACGCAUGACAGAUUUUGUGAUUGACUGACUAUGAGGUGUCGCAAAUGGAUAUAUGGGGGAGGGAGUGCGCAGACGAAGCUCACCGUAACCACAAGCAAGAACAAGCAAGAAGAGUAGGCAACAAAAAUAAAAUCAACAUUUAAACCAACCCACUAAGAUUACGUAUCAGCUACCAUGGCGCCCACAAUCUGUUCGGAAAAGAAACCACGUCAAAUACGCACCAAUCUAAAGGAAAUACGCCGUCAGCCAAAUACAGCAUCCGCGUUAAUGUCAUCAGCGACGUUGGUGACGGCGGCAGCGGGCAGUAGUGGCGGUAGCACCUCGGCAGUGAUAAAUGGCAAUGGCAACGCGCCCGUUGCAUCGAGUAUUAUUAACUAUGUGGCCACCGGUCGCAACUCAUCAACAUUGCGCGUACGCAGUAAACUCGAUACUGCUGCUGUUGAGAAAGCUUUCCUAGCGCCAAUAAGCAUGGUCCGAUUGCGUUUGGAACAGAAUCAACAAAUAUCCGACAAUGUUGUCUCCUCAUCCACCACAGGGCCAGAAGCGAUGCGCGCCAUCACAGCCGAUGAAAUGGAUCUGGACAACGACAUCACCGAUGAAGAAGACUGCGAAGUACAUUCCAUAACAAGUGGUGCGAUUUGUCACAACACCAACAACAAGGACACUACCAAUAGCAAUAGCAGUGACAGCGGUAUUGCCUACAGCAACAAUUCUCACACACGACAACUGCUUCAAUGCGCCGUUAAAACAGUAUUCCCAGCGCCCACGUUGCACGAUAAACAUUUACUACCAAUCACAAGCACUGCGAACAAACAUAGCAUAAACAGCAACAACAACAACAUUGGCAACAGUCAUAAUCAUCAUAAGCGACAUUAUGCCAGUGAUGAUGAUGAUGAGCACGAUUCCGAUACAUAUUCAAGUAUGUGUGAGAUUAAAAAUACCGAAGGACUGUUGGCGAUUGCGCUAAAGACUAUCAAGCUGGUGAAACGCAACCAAAUGUUGCAACGACGGCUAGCGCAGCUGCAACUCGAAACAUCAGAGUUUAUACAAUCGGUGUUGGCGAAUCCAGAGAACCGGCAUUUUCGUGACAAGAUGCAAUCGCCUGCAACAUCGCCAACUCCAACUACGCUGCACUCGCCAACUACGACAACAAUGCGGCAGCAGAGCCAAAAUGCCACGGAAGCAUAAAUAGCAGAUUCUACAUUUUGCAUACACACAUACGCCCUAUACAUGUGCAUGUAGUUGUAUUCUGGCGUCGACAUGUUGCUGGUGAUGGAGCGCGCAGCCACAUGUUGCUUACUUUAUUGUUGCGAAGCACAAAUCAACUAUCGUUAACAAACACCCACACACACACACACACACAUACACGGAAACACGCGCGCGCAUUGUUAAUGCGCUUUGCUGUGGAGCGCAGCUUUCGUACAAAACUACAUCUGAAGAGCUUGUGUUGCAUACUUGCAGGCGCAUCUCAAUUUCUCCUCAAAAUGUGAUAAACAGCAAAAUCAAAGUUCACCACGUGUUGCCGCUCUACUAAAUAUCUAACUAGUAAAUGAACUCAACCCAUAUACAUACAAGUAUAAUAAUAGAUACCAACAUAUAUUAACUACAAUUAAAAAUUAACUACGCUAUAUAGAUAUUUAUUCAACUAGUAGGAAUUUAUUGCUAGAAAAAAUAAAAAAUACAGCAAAUAUUUAAAUAAAACUAUUUUAACUUUAAAAUAUAUCUAGUCACAACUGGUAUUCUCUCGUAAUGUGCCGAAGGUACAGUUAGUUUAGACUUUAUUUCGGUAACCUAACUUAUUCUUCUUUCAACUUACACUGUAUGAAAAGGUGUGUAAGCGAUUAGUCGAAAUUGAACUUACAGUAAAACAUUAAAUAUCUGCAAUUUUUAGAUUCCUAACUGCCAAACCCUUGUCUAAAAAAUUCUCCUGACCCUGUUAUUUGUAUGAGGAAGAACGAAAUCAAGCAAUCGGAUUUUGACAAUGCAUUAGGUCUCCUCUUCCCCCCCGGUAGACAAUUGCAAACCUCCGAGUGUAUUUCUGCCAUGAAAAAGUUCCUCAUGAAAACCAUUUGCUGUGCGGAGUCGACUUAAAACUGUAAAACAAUAUCAAGGCGCACGUCACAAGUAGAAGGAGGAGUUCGUCCAAAUACCUAGCAGAAGUGUAACCGCCAAUUAUUUAUUUUAUUUCUUUUUUUAAAUACUUGCUUACUGAAAAAAGUAUCCAGUAUUUACUUGCAAGCACAGAUAACGCGGCAUCACCACGUACAAGUCAGAUUUCCGGAUUUUUCAGCUUUUGAUCAGAGAAGUCCUCCAGUACUCGAUUUUAAACCAAAAGUACUCGAAUAGAUGUACUGUCAUACUUGAAUAACCGUUAUUUGUUUUUUCAUCCCUGUCAUAGCGUUGUCGCUCAUGAUUAAGUAUGCCACUUCAGUGUUACAGCUAGGAACGUCAGGAAACGCAACACUUAACGCUCUUGUUUAAUGUUUUUUUAGAGCUUUAAGAAAUAAAAAAAAGGGAAAUCAGGCUUAUCAGAUGUGCGUCUUGAAAACCUUCAAAAACAAAAAAAAAAAACUUAAGCAGAAGUAAAUUUUAAACGAAUUUACUUGUUUGAUGUAGCAGCAAGUUGUCGUACAACUGGCACACAAGAAAAAUUGUAUGCCAAUAAACAAAUUCAAAGAGGGGCACGUAAGAAUAUUGCCAUGCUAGCACAAAAGUGAAUGUAUUGAGUAGUCAUAAGAAAAAUUGAAUUGGUUGACUAAUCGCUGCCAAUUUCCUACGCUGAGUUAAGUUAAAUUAUGUCUAGACUAAUUGUGCCUUAUGGGUCAUGCGAAAGUGUGGUAGCUCGAGAGAGAAAGUGAAGAAGAGAGACGAAAGAGCGUAAGAGGUAAAGCGAAAUAGUGAAACAUAAAAUCGCGGCAACCCUACCACCACCAUAAACGGAGCAGCUCUAUAGCGAAACUGUUGGCACGUAGUGAUCUCAAGAAAUUAUCAGAACGUACUGAGUUAAAAUAUAUAUCAAAGAAUUACUUUAUUUGCGCAGUUAUUUAUAUAAUAAAUGUAUUUCUUUAUAUAUCUUUAGACAUACAUACCUACUAUACUCUAUUCCCCGAUGCAUUAAAAUAAAAUUUUGCUAUUAAUUAAAAGAUGAAUAAAAAUAAAUAUGAAAAUGUCAAUUCAGCAGACAUUUUUAAGUUUUCUUUGCAUUUUCCAUGAAUUUGUGGGUAAUCUUUGGAAAUUGUUGCUAAGCUCUAAAGCACAUUUUCUGCUUUACAUAAAAAUAUUUAUAACUACAACUCUACGCAUUUCGCUUUUAUUUACUUUGAGGCAAGAAAGAUUGCAUCUAAAAAAAUGCCAAAUAUUUAUAAGCUUAAACUGCAUAGUAUUGAAAUAAAGUUUGCAUGGCUGAAAUUUAAUUUGCUUCUGCUAUGCUGGAGGCGCUGCUUUCCGAAAUAAAUAAAAAUUUGUAUAUAUUUUCCCAAAACUUCGAUUCGCAAGAGGUAAUGCAUGCAUGGACGCCUAUUUUCUGUAUGUAUUUUUAGUUUCUGCUUAGAAAAUCUACUGAUUGGUAACUAUAAGUCUAAAAUUAUCUUGAGGGCUUUUGAUAAAAUGGUUAAACUUUUGUAGUUAGUAAGGAGAAAAAAAAUUUAAGUAAGAAGUUGAGAAAAAGUUAAUAAAGUAAAAGAAUUAAGAAAUUUUAUUGUAUGAAUGAUUAAAAUAAAUUGCUUAUGACUCAUUUAAGGAACAUAAUUGUAUUUUUUAUUAUAAUUAUUAUGUUUUUAUUAUAAGUGUAAUUUUUUUGUUUUUGACAAAUAUGACUUAUAUUUAUUUGGAGCGCUAAAUUGGAUAUUUAAAUGACGUAAAAUACAAAAUGUUUGUUUGUCUUUGUGAAAAUUUUGCACUUGGAUGUGAAUAACAACAAAAAAACUAAACAGAAAGAAAAAUCUAAAAACACAAUUUAAAAUGUGAAAACAGCAAGUAAUUUUAGUAACAGCCUAUUUUAUUUUAAAAUUUCUUUGAUAAAAAAAAUAUUUUAUUAUUAUUAUUUUUAAUUUAAUUCACAAAUCAGCAAGCAAUGAAACAAAUUUGACUUGCCUUUAUUAUAAAAAAAAAAAAAAUGAUAAAUCUGAAAAAAUUAAAAUUGCUAUUUAUUUUAAGAUUUAAAGCUCGUAAAAAAUAAUGUAAAACUUAUUUUAUUAUAUUAUUACAUUUUGUUAAAAUUAAAUGUUUUAUUAUUUACAUUUUGUUAAAAUUAAAUGUUUUAUUAUUUACAUUUUGUUAAAAUUAAAAUUUGAUUGCCGCUUAAGAGGAAAAAUUAAAUCAGGUAUUUGUUUUUAUUUCAAUUUCAUGCUGAGCAGUAAAAAACUGCAAUCAGCUGAACAUAAAGAGAAAAGUUUUAAAUAGAAGAUUUCCACGCGCUUAUUGAUGGAAAAAUUGAAUGUAAACAUUUUUCAAUCUUUAAUAAAAUUGUGCAAAACUGAAA